UUCAGGGAAGAGAGUGGGGGCAAUAUAUACCAGCACUUAGCGAUAAUUUUGCCAGUGUCUGAGUUAAUUUUAACUGACAUUCAAAAAAAAAAUUCCAAAAUGAGUGAUGAUGAGCAGAAAAUGGCGGUCAUCCGCAAGGCCUUCCAGAUGUUCGACACAACCAAAUCUGGAUUCAUAGAAACAAUCAAAAUCGCAACCAUCCUCAACACCAUGGGUCAGUUGUUCGAUGAAACCGAACUGAACAAUCUCAUCACACAAAAUGAUCCUGACAGGACGGGGCAGGUGGAUUUCGAUGCAUUCUGUAGCAUCGCUAACCACUUCUUAGAGGAAGAUCUUGAUGAUGAAUCCACACAACAGGAACUUAAAGAAGCAUUCAGAUUGUAUGACAGAGAAGGAAACGGUUACAUCACAACUGGUACCUUAAAAGAGAUAUUGGCUGCCCUUGAUGAUAAUCUUACAAGCAGGGACUUAGAUGGAAUCAUAGCUGAAAUCGAUACUGAUGGAUCAGGCACUGUAGAUUUUGAUGAAUUCAUGGAAAUGAUGACUGGUGAUUAAGAAGAUCGAAACAAGCAAAUAACAAUAUAUUCCAAUUCCGUUAAUUUAAAAGACAAUAAAUUUAUUAUUAAUAUCUA